AUGCUAGCUCCUAGAGGACGUUCGACACCUACAGCACCCAUUACACUGUCGAUGCAGAUGAUGACCUCCGAAACAGGACCAUUUGGCUCUCAAGGUCUUCCAGGCCACUCUACCGAAAGCCUCGAGCAGCGCAUCUACGGCCUCUUCGCCCCGGUCCGCGAGAUGAAGGAGGAUCACCAAGACCACCACGGUCUUCCACCUAAGAAUGUGGCUUUUCUCAUCCGCCGCAACUACAGCGCCCAUAGUAAGCACAUCAAUCCCAACGACAUCUCUCUCGUGACAAAGAACUGGGCCGCCAUACAUUCAGGCGAAUAA